CCGUGCAGCAGCAGCCAGAGGCAGCGGGCGCGCGCUGCCAUUCCAGCACUCACAUCCCCGGUGCGACGGAACGAAGCGCACGCGGCCACAACCUCCAAAUAUUAACGUUAGCACUCCCCCGCCCCGCCCCCUGGAAACACACCGACGUUGCUCUCGGGUCGCAGGUCUGAACACCAGCGGCCGCAGCGGGGACGGACCGGCGGUCGGUGAAGUGCAGCCGUUAACGCCACGUCGACUAAAACAAACAAACUAAAGCUUUAACAGUUGUUCCCGUCUUUCUUUUGAUCUGUCGAACCGGAGUUUCACCGCCGUGACACCAUGCUGGACCCGUCCUCCAGCGAAGACACCGGCGGGGAGUCCGACCCAGAAGUUGUCCAGGAGACUCCCAGGAAACCAGCUGCCUCCUCGGCGGGGAAACGCGGGAGCAGCAGCCGGGCGAGCGGCCAGCGGCGGCAGUCCGCCGCACCUGGAGGUGCACCCGGUAAAGGUGCUAAAGAAGGCAACGCCACAGGUGAAGAGGAGGAGGAGAAGAAGGAGCGCGAGCGGAUCCAGAAGGAGGAAGAGGAGAGGAAAAUUAAACUGCAGAUUUAUGUGUUCGUCCUGCGGUGCAUCGCCUACCCGUUCAACGCCAAGCAGCCCACCGACAUGGCCCGGCGGCAGCAGAAGGUGAACAAGCAGCAGCUGCAGGCGGUGAAGGAGCGUUUCCUGGCCUUCCUCAACGGGGAAACUCAGAUUGUGGCGGAUGAAGCUUUCUGUAACGCUGUGAGGAGCUACUAUGAGGGCUUCCUGAAGAGCGAGCGCGUGUCCCGGAUGGUUCAGAGCGGCUGCUGCUCGGCCAACGACUUCCGCGAGGUCUUCAAGAAGAACAUCGAGCGGCGCGUCCGCAGCCUCCCGGAGAUCGACGGCCUGAGCAAAGAGACGGUGCUGAGCUCCUGGAUCGCCAAGUACGAUGCCAUCUACAGGGGGGACGAGGACAUGCGUCGUCAGCCACAGCGGGCGCACCUCAGCGCUGUGUCAGAGCUCAUCCUCAGCAAAGAGCAGCUGUACGAGAUGUUCCAGCAGAUCCUCGGCAUCCGCAAGUUCGAGCACCAGCUGCUGUACAAUGCCUGCCAGCUGGACAACGUGGACGAGCAGGCGGCUCAGAUCCGCAGAGAGCUGGACGGAAGGUUACAGCUGGCCGAGAAGAUUGCCAGGGAGAGAAGAUACCCAAAGUUUGUCUCUGCUGACAUGGAGCCUCUCUACGUGGAGGAGCUGCGUUCUGCAGUCAACCUUCUCAUGGCGAACCUGGAGAGUCUGCCAGUGUCCAAAGGAGGUCCAGACUUCAAACAGAAGCUCAAACGCUCCUCCAUGAACAACUCCUUCCUGGACAUGGGAGAUGAGGGGGACAUCCUGUCCAAGUCUGAUGUCGUGCUGUCGUUUACUCUGGAGAUUGUGAUUGUGGAGGUCCAGGGUCUGAAGUCUGUGGCUCCGAACCGGAUCGUUUACUGCACCAUGGAGGUGGAGGGAGGAGAGAAGCUGCAGACAGACCAAGCUGAAGCCUCCAGACCACAGUGGGGGACUCAGGGGGACUUCAUCACGACUCACCCUCUGCCCUCGGUCAAAGUGAAGCUGUUCACAGAGAGCACCGGGGUCCUGGCUCUGGAGGACAAGGAGCUGGGCCGGGUGGUCAUGAAUCCAACCACGAACGGGCCGAAGCAGGCCGAGUUCCACCGGAUGGUCGUCCCCAAGAGCAGCCAGGACACAGAGCUGAAGAUCAAACUGGCCGUCCGCAUGGACAAACCGCCCAACAUGAAGCACAGCGGGUACCUGUACGCUGUGGGACAGAGAGUCUGGAAACGCUGGAAAAGAAGAUAUUUUGUUCUUGUUCAGGUGAGUCAGUACACGUUCGCCAUGUGCAGCUACAGAGAGAAGAAAGCCGAGCCUCAGGAGCUGAUGCAGCUGGAGGGCUACACGGUGGACUACUGCGACCCUCAGCCAGGUCUGCAGGGCGGCCGGGUGUUCUUUAACGCGGUGAAGGAGGGCGACCUGGUGAUGUACGCCUGUGACGACGAGCAGGACCGGAUGCUGUGGGUCCAGGCCAUGUACCGAGCCACGGGACAGUCCUACAAACCGGUCCCACCGCCGCAGAACAGAACCACAAACUGCAGAGGAGGACUCCAGAAACCAGCGUCCCCCAUCAGUCUGGAUCCGUCUCAGCGUCAGGGGGUGGAGGAGUUGAUCUCUGCAGCUCCAUGUCGCUUCGACCACGCUGCCCUCUUCACCAUCUUACAGAAACACACUCUGCAGCACCGCAUGAAUGACUCCUUCUCCUGCCUGGGUUGGUUCAGUCCCGGUCAAGUGUUCGUCCUGGACGAGUACUGCGCUCGGUACGGCGUUCGAGGCUGCCACCGUCACCUCAGCUACCUGAGGGAUCUGAUGGAUUACUCAGAGGACAACGCGCUGGUCGACCCCACGCUGCUGCACUACAGCUACGCCUUCUGCGCCUCCCACGUCCACGGAAACAGGCCUGAUGGGAUGGGGACAGUGACCGUGGAGGAGAAAGACAACUUUGAGGCCGUCAGGGGUCGACUCAUGGCUCUGCUGGAGAAUCAGAUCACACAUUUUAGGUACUGCUUUCCCUUUGGACGACCAGAUGGGGCCCUGAAGGCAACGCUCUCCCUGCAGGAACGGGUUUUGAUGAAGGACAUCACCACACCUGUUCCUCCAGAGGAGAUGAAGAAACUGGUGCAGAAGUGUCUGGAAAACGCAGCUCGAAUCAACUACGGUCAGCUGAUCGAGUACGCUCAGAUCAAGGUGGACACUCAGGCAGCUCCGGAGAAAAGACUAGAGGACAUGAUGCGACUGGGAGAGCUCUGUAUCGAAGUCCUGCAGCAGAAUGACGAACAUCACUCCGAGGGACGAGAGGCUUUCUCGUGGUGGCCGGAGCUGAUGGCCGAACACGCCGAGAUGUUUCUGUCUCUGUACAAAGCCGACAUGGACGCCGCUCUGCAGGUCCAGCCUGUCGACUCGUGGGACAGCUUCCCUCUGUUCCAGCUCCUCAACAACUUCCUGCGAACUGACCCUCACCUGUGCAACGGGAUAUUCCACAAACACCUGCAGGACCUGUUCGUCCCCCUGGUGGUGCGCUACAUCGACCUGAUGGAGUCGUCCAUCGCCCAGUCCAUCCACCGCGGCUUCGAGCAGGAGACCUGGCAGUCUGUCAAGUCGUUAACUAACAAUCUAGCGAGCGUUCCUCUUCCCAAAGUCCCCAGCCUCCCUCUCACACUGCCACAGAUGCCCACCUUCUCAGCGCCUGCCUGGAUGGGACCGCUGUGUGAGAACACCUUGCAAGGCAUAAAUCUACCUGACAUCUUCAACGGCUCAGCCAGCUCGGAGGAUUUGUUCUGGAAGCUGGACGCUCUGCAGAUGUUCGUGCUGGACCUCCAUUGGCCAGAGCCCGAGUUCGCAAAACAUCUGGAGCAGAGGCUCAAACUGAUGGCCAGUGACAUGAUGGAGGCGUGUGUCAAGAGAACAAAAUAUGCAUUUGAUUCCAAAAUGCAGAAAGCGAGUAAGUCAACAGACUUCCGGGUGCCACUGUCUGUCUGCACCAUGUUCAACGUGCUGAUGGACGCCAAGAAGCAGUGCUCCAAACUCUGUGUGUUGGACACCGGUCAGGAGCAACAGUACCACUCAAAGAUCGAUGUUCUGAUUGACGACACGUUUAAAGAAAUGAUUUCCUCCCUUGUCACAAGGUUUGCUGCUGUUUUGGAUGGCGUCCUCUCCAAGCUCUCGAGAUACGAUGAAGGGACAUUCUUCUCUUCAAUCCUCUCUUUCACAGUGAAAGCAGCUGCCAAAUAUGUGGAAGUCCCUAAACCGGGGAUGGAUCUGGCCGACACCUACAUCACCUUCAUACGGCAGAACCAGGACAUCCUCCGAGACCGCGUCAACGACGAGCUGUACAUCGAGACUGUGUUUGAUCAAUGGUACACCGGCUCCAUGAAGGCAGUGUGUGUUUGGCUGACAGACAGACUGGACCUGCAGCUUCAUAUGUACCAGCUGAAAACACUCAUCAAGAUUGUGAAGAAGACCUACCGUGACUUCAGGCUGCAGGGCGUCCUGGACGUCACGCUGAACAACAAGAGCUAUGAGACCAUCUACAACCGGCUGACAGUGGAGGAAGCCACAGCGGCCGUCAAGUCGGGCGACGGCCUGCAGGGCAUCAGCAUGAGAGACAGCGAUGAGGAGGAAGAUUGAGCACACAUCAUCCCUUCACACACACCUGGUUACUAUCUGAUCAUCGUCCUCUCCAGCAGAUCAGGACCUUCCAUCACAGUGUGAUUUAUGGUAUAGAUCAAACGUGCAGUAGAGGUAACAUGUCAUCGUGACUGGAGGUCCUGAUCAGGUGAGGACGAGCGCUCAGGUAGUCACCCCCCCUUCCCCUUCCCUCCUCCCUCCUACCCAACCUGUCACGUGCUCAUUGCCCUGACGCUGCUGUACAUGCGUGUUGAAAACGUACACGAGUGAGAAUGUACGACAAACAGGUAGUCGAGGUGAGGCGUGGCAUCCGAUGGACACUCUGCAGAGACAAACCUCGUCCACCCUCCCUCACCUGCAGGACAGGAAGCCCCGCCCUCCUCCACGAGCAGCCAUACUCUGAUUGAUGUCACUUUGUACAGUAGAGCUCAGCGAUCGCCGUCAGUGCAGCUCCUUCCUGUGUUUUUUUUGUUUUCAUCCACAGUUGUAGCUAACUGCUCAAAAAGGCUGCGGCAGCUCUGAUCCCCCCCGAGUCUGAGCGACCUCGCCGCCUUCAACAUUGUUUUUAACUGACAGCAACGGCAGCAAAAUCACCUAAAGAGAUCUAUUUUUAUUUGACAGGAAGCUUGGAAUUGUAAGGUUCUAUUUGACUGUUUUAAUCAAAGUUAUCCACGGUCACAUCUUUGAAUGUUACUUUGUACUAUUUUUUUAAUAACCAACCUAUUCAGGCUCUUAUCCUUCACUGCUCAUACUAAAGACUUAGAAGUAAUGCACUAUCAUUCUUAUAUAACCCAAAUAAUCAUGAGCAAGGAGGCUGUGAUGACUCGUGCACUGCAGGCUGUCCUCUGGUCAGGGAAACAGUCAGAGUGAUGGAUGUGUCAAACAAAUACAGGACUUCGACCCAGGAGACUGCUGCUCUCAUCACGUCUGAAACCAAAAGUAAAUUGUGACUUGAUUUUAAGUUACGCACAUACGUCACCUCGUCACAUUAUGUUAAGGACAUCAUGACCAUAGACUGUAGGAAUAAGGGACGUAGCUAUCGUGAUGUCAGCCAUUGGUUUGUAGACUCCUGUUUUGAGGCCUUGAGUUUGGCAUUUCGGCCAUUGCCAUCUUGAUUUUAGGGAACAGAAGUGACCAUAUUUGGGCGAUAAGCUAGGGGUGGAUCUAAAUGAGAAGCUGAGGAUACUAUCGGCAGGCAGCCUGUCAUACAAACUGAUCUUUCUGGUUAAAUGUAAAAAUCUCGCUAGCAUCCUCUAAGUGCUAAAAUAUUUAUUACAAUCCACAGUACCUGUGUCCACUGAUAAAAAUACAGCAUUGUCUUUUUGUUUAAACACAUAAAAUAAUCUUUGAUUGCAUUUUCCUGACAGGCGGCCUCUUGUGGUCGUGCAAAAUAAUGAUUGUUGUUUCUGAUUAGCAAAAGCAGAAGUAGCAUGACAAACGUCUCGUGGAUUAGCGUGGACAAUUACAGUCCGUCCAAUGUUGGUUCCUUUUAACCAUGAUCACAAUCUUUCUGUAGUGUCAACCAAACAGCUACAAUUGCCCAAAUUUAAUAUGCCCUUACAGGGAAAUUUCGGUUUAUUUCAACCCGUCUCCUAUCGUCCUAAAUU